AUGGCGAACGCCGUCUCCGGCAUCGUCCUUCUGCUCGUGCUGGGCGGCAUCACGCUGUUCCCGCGGGCGACCGCCGACGUAUUCUGCCACAACCUUAAACAGGUCGCCGCCACCCUCCCCAAGAACACCGCUUCUUCCAAGGUGCACUUCGCCACCACUGUCUUCGGCCAACCUCCAGACGCCGUCUACGCUCUUGCGCUCUGCCGCGGCGACGUCGACAAAGACACCACCUGCGGCGAGUGCGUAGCCACCACUUUCGACAAAAUCAACUCGACACUCUCGCCGGCGCAGCAGUUACAGUGCUACCAGGCUGCCUACUACUACGGUGAUGGCUGUUCCCUCGUCUACUCCGUGGACGACAUCCUCUCGUCCUCCAAUACGACGGGUGAAAACUACACUGGCGACGACAAGCCAUUCACGAGGUUCAACACGAAAAACUGGGGCAACUGGAGCACCAACAACAUCACGGGCGACGCCGAUGACGUUGCCCACACCGUGGGCCUCCUUAACGAACUUAUGUUGAAGACAAUACAAACGGCGGCCAGCACGACGCCGGGGCGAUUCACAACAGGCGUCAUGGACAGCCCGACGAUUGUGUUCUACUCCAUGGCGCAGUGCACGCCUGACCUGUCCGACAGCAAGUGCUUGGAGUGUCUUACUCGUCUGCUCGGCACGCUCAACUUCAUGACCCUGCGGAUGGGAGGACAGCUCCAUGUCAUACGGUGUUUUUUCAGGUACGAGUCGUAUCAGUUCUACGACAGCAAGCCUAUCCUGCAUCUCGGGCGGCCAUCGGCGCCUACGCCGGUUACGGCGCCAGUGAAACACAAGAGGCGUAUGUACAAUUUCUGGAUAAUUCUGAUAGCUGUAUUUCCUCCAGCAGCGGCAGCAUUUCUCUGCUUCAUCUUCUGCUGCCCUUGCUUUAGAUCAUACAGAAAAGGAUCAAGGCGUACUAGGGACUUGAAGGCACAGGAAGAACUAAUUUGGCAAGGGAAGAGCUCAUCAGAGUUCUCCGUGUUUGAGUUUGAACAGUUACUGGAGGCCACAGAUAACUUUUCAGAAGAAAACAAACUUGGGCAAGGUGGCUUUGGCGCUGUCUACAAGGGCCAGUUUCCCGAGGGAUUGGAGAUAGCGGUGAAGAGACUUUCUUCACAUUCCGGACAAGGUUUCAUGGAGUUCAAAAAUGAAGUCCAGCUCAUAGCCAAACUCCAACACAUGAAUUUGGUUAGGCUCUUGGGGUGUUGCUCUCAAGAAGAGGAGAAAAUAUUGGUUUAUGAAUACUUGCCAAACAAAAGCUUGGAUUUCUUCAUCUUUGAUGAAAAUAGAAGAGCUUUACUGAAUUGGAACAAACGUAUAGCAAUAAUUGAAGGAAUAGCACAUGGGCUUCUCUACCUACAUAAGCACUCGCGGUUGCGUGUCAUACAUCGAGAUCUUAAACCAAGCAACAUUCUUUUGGAUGGUGAAAUGAAUCCUAAAAUUUCAGACUUCGGCCUAGCAAAAAUCUUUACUUCAAAUAACACUGAAGAAAGCACUACAAGAAGAGUGGUUGGCACAUAUGGCUACAUGUCUCCUGAGUAUGCUUGCGAGGGUCUCUUCUCAAUCAAAUCUGAUGUAUUCAGCUUCGGUGUUCUCGUUCUUGAGAUCCUUGGUGGUAAAAGGAAUUCUGGCGGCCAAGACUAUGGAAAUUUCAUCAAUCUCCUUGGAUAUGCAUGGAAAUUAUAUGAAGAGGAAAGAUGGGGCGAGCUCAUUGACUCAUCAUUGGACACCAUUAAUCACUCAGAAGAAAUGAUGAGGUGUAUGAACAUUGCAUUGUUGUGUGUACAAGAGAAAGCAGCUGAUCGUCCGACGAUGUUAGAUGUCGUUGCAAUGCUAAGCAACAAAUCUAUGGUCCUGGUUAAGCCUAAGCAUCCUGCAUAUUUCAAUCUGAGUAGCGUAGGAAACGAAGAGGCCUCCAUUGCUACGCAGCCAAGCAGUAUUAAUAAUGUGACCAUAUCUGUAACAACUGGUAGAUAG